AUGAGAACCACGACCGCCCUGACGAUGAUGCUGCUCUGCACCCUCUACGAGAUCGACGCCAGAAGGAUGCCCGACGACCAGGACAAGAGGAUCGACACCGGAUGGACCCCAGAAGACCGAGGAAACGAUGAGUAUUUGACCUCCGACACCAGACACGACCGAACCCUGACAAACCCGCCCAAACGACGCACUUGGCGCACCUCCCCACCAGCAAAUAGCUACAACUCCCACCCUUGGAACAACCCCCGAAAAGUCGGCAAACGCUCCCUGCCCCCCAAAAAUAACCGCCGACGCCAGCGGCAACAGACUGAGCCCCAACAAGACCGGCAGCGACAGCCCCGAACCGAGACAAACCCCAAAAAUCCACGCCACAUCCCUCGCAGGGAAAGAAACCAACCCCCACAGCCCCUAAACAAUCCCCAACGCCCCCACAGGCGACAGACGAUGACAAUUACUCGCCCAAUGACCCGGAACAAUCCCCGACAGCCCCAAAAAAUCGAGAAACGCUCCCUGCCGCCAACAAACCCCCGACGCCGCACCUGGCGCAAUUCCCCACCAGCAAAUAGCUACAACUCCCACCCGUGGAACAACCCCCGAAAACUCUACGAAAAUGACGAAAUCGCUCUGCCCCCGACAAACUACAUAAGAACUCUACGACGGGCUCAGACCCAACGAGGCCAGCAGCGACGGCCCCAAACCGAGACAAAGCCCAAACACCAACGCCGCCUCCCUCGCAGGGAAAGAAACCAACCCCCACGGCCCCUAAACAAUCCCCAACGCCCCCACAGGCGACAGGCGAUGGCAAUCGCUCGCCCAAAGACCCGGAACAAUCCCCGACAACCCCGAAAAGUCGGCAAACGCCCCCUGCCCCCAACACACUACCGCCGCCGCCAGCGGCAACAGACUGAGCCCCAAACAGGCCUCCAACGAAACCAACCCCCACAAAAACCAAUCACGCGCCCAAAGACCUGGGAGCCCAGAGGUCGCCACCAACCUCAGGGGACGACCAAGCCCCCACAGCCACAGCCCCUCACCAAAAAGCCCGAAACCAAACCGAAACUCCAAACCCUCCCCACCACCCAGCCUCCCCAAACCCAACAACAAGCACCCCCGACAACCCUUCAACGCCGCCGAAACCUGAGGAAGCCUCGCCUCCACAACCUGGUCAGGAAAAACCACACUGAAUUUUAA